CAGUGCAUGUCGGUCUGCGGCGCUUGUCGGGCGCGGUGUGCUCGCGCUCCUGGCCUCUAGGGCGCGCACCCUCCUUCCAUCCGGCGUGUGCCGCGUUCGACGCACCUGGCGAGACUUCCUCUUCGCCGGCUUACGUCUGGCUACUCAGAUCGGAGGGCAAACGUGCCCCUCUCGGCGGAACACCAUGUGACGGUGUGCGUACGAGUGAAGGAUUGUUAAGAGACUGCCUGUCAGUUGCGCAUCAUCGCCGUGUGGGAACGGACGGAAGAACUUGAAUAAUAACAAUUACAAAAGACUCCAACUGGUUUUGACCACGCGAACCUGAUUGUUUCUCGAACCAGGUCGUUGAAACAACCAAGUGCUUCACGUGACGGACAACGAGUGUCAAACAGCGCUUCACAUCCCGCUCAGCUGUUUCGUGCUGCAAACCGGACCGCGUCUAUCGUCGGACCCUGAAGGGGCUCGUAAUGUGAGACUUCACCAAAAGCCCGGAGUCAACCUGCCACCACUCUCGCCGCAAGUCUUUGUGUGAAGAUGACGGACUUCCAGAGCAACUGAAGGCUACGGUCAACUCUGACACAGCCGGAGGCGCGGCCGGCAUGCUGCAGCCAUGGUGCAAACGGCGGCCUGGCGCCUGGAGCCCGUGCGCCAGCCGCCGGUCUCCGCGGGCCGCGCACGCUGUCCUGGUGGCGGCGGCCGCCUGCUCGGCGUACGCCUCGUCGCUGGGUGUCGGACUCGUGUUCGACGACCUCGCCGCGAUCAAGGCCAACAGGGACCUCAGACAGAGCACGCCCAUCGCCAACCUAUUUUUCAACGACUUCUGGGGAACCCCGCUUCGGAAGGAACAAAGUCACAAAUCCUACCGUCCACUGACAGUGCUGACGUUUCGACUCAACUUCGCUGUCCACGGCCUCGAUCCGUUUGGCUACCACUUGGUGAACCUUCUCUUGCACGCUCUGGUGUGCCUCCUCUAUCACAGGAUGUGCCUGAUGCUCCUGCCGGGCUGGACGUCUCUGCUGGCCGCGCUGCUCUUCUCCGCACACCCUAUACACACUGAAGCUGUGACCAGCGUAGUGGGAAGGGCGGAGCUGCUCUCUGCAGUAUUCUUCUUGGGUGCCUUACUUUUCUACAUUCGACACGGAGCCAGUACUGCUGUCUGCAAGGAACAGAACAAUGGUCACUGGAGGCGUUGCUUAACUACGUUCGCUCUGGCAACGGCGGCAAUGCUUUGUAAGGAGCAAGGCAUCACAGUUCUUGCAGUAUGCUGCAUCUACGAGCUUGCUUCAUGUGCUACCCCCUGGAGCUCGUUGUGGUCAACUACGUGGGGGGCAUGGAAAGACAGCCUCUACCGAGUAUUCACUUUGGCGUCGUUGGCAACUGCAGUAGUUAUGGCACGCAUUCACAUCAACGGGCCUCACCUGCCUGCCUUCAACCGCUUCGACAACCCAGCAUCGGUGGCUCCGUCACCGUCACGCCAGCUGACUUACAACUAUCUGACAGCGUUGAACGCCUGGCUCCUAGUCUUCCCAAGUGAUCUCUGCUGUGAUUGGACGAUGGGAACAGUGCCGCUAGUGAGGUCGCUGGCAGACGUGAGGAACCUUGGAACGAUGGCACUUUACCUUUUCUUAGCGAUGGCUACCAGGGCGGCGCUCCGAGCCGACGAGCACCACCGAAAGCCACUGCUUAUGGGACUGUCCUUGGCUUGCAUACCAUACCUACCUGCGUCCAAUCUGCUGCACCCCGUGGGCUUCGUUAUCGCCGAGCGGGUGCUCUACCUGCCAAGCCUGGGUUUUUGUCUCCUGGUGGCACAGGGUUUCAGCCUUCUCUGGCAGCACUACAGGUAUCACGGAACUUGGCUUAAACUGGGCGUCGCCAUAUUGCUGCUUACCCACUUCACGAAAACGGUUCUUCGUAACUACGACUGGUCGUCCGAACAAGCCUUGUACCAGUCUGCGCUUCGUGUGAAUCCAAGGAACGCAAAAAUGUUGAAUAAUCUCGGACAAGUCUUGGAGGCGUCCGGAGCGUUCGAAGAAGCGCACUCUCACUUCACUCGGGCUAUCCGGGCUGAACCUGAUGACAUUCGAGGACAUCUUAAUUUGGGCAGGCUUUUGACAACCAUGCGCCACUACGAAAAGGCUGAAGCCGCUUUCGUGAAGGCCUUGAGCCUCCUACCAAAGCCCGAGUCGAGCCAAUCCCCAAGUCUCGUGCGGGUCACAUCAAGCCACCUUCAAGUGUAUCUCGACUUUGCGUUCUUAAUAGCGCAAAACAGCAGUCGGGUGGAUGAAGCCGACAGGCUAUACCAGGAGGCAAUCAGCCUGCGCUCAGACUUCACGGAUGCCUACUUAAACAGAGGAGAUUUCCUGCUUCGCAUGAACAGGACGAAGGAAGCAGAAGCUAUGUACGAGAGGGCUUUAGAACUAGAUGAGAACAAUCCAGACUUGUACUACAACCUGGGAGUCAUCCUCAUGGACCAAGGCCGCAACGAUGAAGCUAUGGCUCUGUUUAACCGCGCACUGGAGCUUGAUCCCGACCAUGAGCAUGCCCUCCUCAACUCUGCCUUGUUGCUUCAAGAAGCAGGAUCUGCAAGUCAGAAGAAGGUGGCCAAUGAAAGGUUGGAGAAAGUCGUCCACAGUGGUAAGAGAGACGAACGGGCCUACUUUCAUCUGGCCAUGCUGGCGCUUGACAAAAAGGACCCGGUUGCCGCUGAGAACUGGCUGCGCAAGGCUGUCCUGGUUCAACCCAAGCUGCGAAGCGCCCUCUUCAACUUGGCGUUGCUUUUGUCGGAGCAGCAACGACCUAUGGAAGCCAUGAGGUUCUUGAAAGAUCUCCUCAAGUACCACCCGAACCACAUCAAGGGCUUAGUACUGCUCGGAGACAUCAACGUCAAUCACCUCAAGGAUUUGGAGGCAGCCGAAGAGUGCUACCGCAGGAUCCUGGCCCUGGACCCUGGCAAUGUACAAGGCUCGCACAACCUGUGCGUCGUGUACGUCGAGCGCGGGGAGCUAAGCCGAGCCGAGCGCUGCUUCAAGCACGCCACCACGCUGGACCCGAACGCCACGUACAUCCGCAAGCACCUGCAGGUCACACAGACGCUGCUCAGAAACCGCUCGGUGGACGCGGAGCGCCGCUCCGGCACUGCCCUCGCCGCGUCGGCGCCUCAACCGCCCGUCCUGCAGCCGUUCGCGGCCGCCGCCGCUUCGGCUGCCAAUGCGCAGUGACUCUGGCCAGCCAGCAUCGUUACUGGCAACAGCUGUGCUCCGCAGAAUGCGCUCCGAGCCUGUGCACAUGGUUUCACGGAAGAACGCGAUCAACGUUUGAGACUGUUGACAAGCCAACGUGGUUGAAGGGUCCACCGCCACCGCGGGUCGUCGGUGAUCGCCCAGUGGCGUGUGAACAUCCGCGCGCAUUCCCGGUGACUUAUGCGCGCCGUUGGCUUUGCGCAAGGACUUCGCGUGAUACUGUGGCGCUUGUGUGACGACCUCCAGACACAGAAGGCGAAGUGGAGGCGGAAAAAGUCAUUUUAGUGGUUGUACAGAAGGCCACCUUAGCUGCAUUUUUUUUUCUUCUUUCGCUCCGAGAAUGUAAUUGUGCACUUCGCUGCACGGUGAUACUUAGAGUGGCACAUUCCUCAGAUUACUGAUCGUACGGUUGAACAAGUGGCGUACGUUGCUUUUCGGUAGCAGCAAGUGAUUGAUCAUGCCUGUUGAAGUAUGUGUUGUGACGGUUGAACUGUGAAGGGACGUGUCAAAGCUAGCCUGUUUUCUGACCUCGGCAGAAAAAGCGCACCAACACUGUCAGCCUUCGUUAUAGAAUUGAAUAUUUUCGUCCAGAAAAUAUGUAAGAUAAAGUUCCUAAAUCGUAUAGUAAACUGGCUGCACAAUUCGCUCGUGUUGAAUAGUAUGAAAGACCUUAGUUAUUAAUUAAUGAUACAGCAAUAUUUACAUAAAACUAUUUUAAUUCGUAAUUCAGGUAAGCUUUCUUUUUUUUUGUUGAGCUAACUUGGUGUAAUACAAAAAAGAAAAAGGGAGGGGGGUGGGGGGGCACACCAACGUUGUAUAGUAAAUGUGACGCAUCGACAAUGUAUGGGCCACGAAUAGCUGAUUUAUGGCUCGCUGAUAAAGGUUGACAUUCCUGGCGGAAUCUUCAAGAAAUAACCGAUAUUUUGCAUUGUUUUGCUCAGAUCACGUUGAAUACACAGUGAAAUUGUCAUAUUUGCCCGUAAAGAAGUAUCGGGCAAGUUUGACAUUAUACGGCAUAAUAAUCUGCGUUAGUGUAAAAAAAAAGUUCUUGUUUAUCCUCAGCGCGUGUGCUACUGAUGCGCGUGAUUCGAUCUUCUUACUUCACUCAUGGGACAACGCGAGAACCCGUGCUCAGUUUUGUUAAUGCCCUUGCUUUGAACUUCAAAUGGAACAUUAAUAUUCCUUAAUCACACGACCACACAGCACCAUAUCGACUAAUCCAAGCUAUGGAGCGAGUCACGAUUUAAGUCUCAGCACUGCAGCACCGCAUCUAAAAUAGCUUCUUUAUUCAUUCAAUGUGCCAAAUUAGAGGUAUGUCAAGAAAGAAUGAGUAGUCGUUUUUUUUUCCACACGCUGGGAUGACCUCGAUGUUUAUUCAAAGACCCAGAUAAUGUUCAAUGUCUCCUGCGCUUUCACUGUAAGUUAAUGAUGUUAUUAUUCCGUAGGACAGCAACGCUUUAAAGCCGGACUGUGGCGUAUGUUUAUAAUUACCGCCUUCAGUUACUGACGGAUGAAUGUUAAUGAAGGCUUCAGUUGAUCUACUGUUUUGUUGUUGUUUUUUCGGUCAGGCAUUAUAGCUUUUUAUUUGGUGUUCGCGUUAUUUUUAUCUCCUACUGCUCCACAGUACUCCACAGUUUGUAGUCGCGACAGUUCUUUUUUAUCUUCUUGUUAUCGUCGUCACUAGAUGGAUAAUUUUGAUAAACACGCUGAAUAAGCAAAGGAGUCAUUAAUCAAUUUUAGUAUCUUAACAAUAGCACAGUAGCUGACUACGGAAUCGAACAAAAUAGUUGGUAUAUGGGCUGUAAAUAGUUGGUUUCAAGGAAAUGAACGUGAUCUAGGAAUCGCGGUGAAUGAAUGUCACAGCAAAUUUGCACCUUGCAUUGCUGACCUGUGCUUGUGUUCGCAGCCGCUAACGAGACAAGUGAUCUAUAUUUCGGCAACUAAAUGUGAAACAUGAGAAAAAUCGCAUAUUAAAAUAUUAUAUAUAUAUAUAUAUAUAUAUAUAUAUAUAUAUAUAUAUAUAUAUACACAGAUAUAUUACGCUGUGCAUAAGCCGUUUGGAUACUACGACGUGAGCGCCUGUACAUAACGCACACUGUAACCUGUACAUAAUAUAAGUAUCAGACGGGCGUAUACAUACGAGAUGUGAAGUCGUUCUAUUUUGGAGUAUUGCGCAAACCACGACUCAGCAUCAACCAGGUCUGUCUCUUGUCUGUGCGGCGCAUGUGUUAUGACUGGUGCUUUUCAAUGUACACUACAACAAGAAAGAAGAAGAAGAAAAAAAAUCUAUUGUUAGACUGGUGGAAUGUGGGGUAGAGGCUGUUUAGCGGACGCUGGCAUGCAGGGCAUUGUACAUAGAUAUUACCAAGAAAGACACAAAGAAUUUUUCUAUUAACUCAAGUGAGAGCCAGAAAACUGUUUUAGGGACCACGGUGGCACUUAGAUAGAGCAAAACGUCGGCUCGGUGAGUCUCUGAUCUGCGCGUACCAUGAUAAAUUGGUUGCUUCUGCAUUCCCUUCUGACCCCUUUUUCUCCAGCAGCAGCCGUUCCCCAGCUUUGUGUUGCGUUGCGUGGACCGUCCGCUGUCGGCAGCUUAAAUAUUGUCUACGCCUGUAUGCUUGAGGUUUACGAGUGAUACUCGCCGCGCUAACCUUCAUCACCAAUGUGUGUACACUGUCGCCGCUCUUUUCUUGCAACCCGCCCACCCCUUUUCGCAUCCCGUUGCUUGAAGCUGUUUUGUGGUGCACGUAAUUGCCUUAUCGCCACCCGACCCGUAACAUUGCCCUCUUCCCAAGUUUCGAAAGGUUGUGUUUACAUUGUUCUCGUGUGUUGAACGCUUGAGCGAGCACUGUCGCCGCCUCUAUGCGUCUGUAUUCUUGUUUCAAUCCAUGGCUGUCCGAUGCGUGAGGAAAGACUUGCGGUGUUGUUGUCGCUUGUGUUUUGGCGAAAUAAUACAACAUACUUCAUAAUAAAGGCACACAUAAUGCUUUCACU